CUGUGUGCGGAGCGCGAGCGGCGGAGCAACGGCAGCGGCGCGAGGCCCGGGACCAGGGCGGGAGGGAGAGGACGGGACAGCCUGGGUCACCGCAGCCCGGAAUGGAGAGGCUGCCCGUGUACCCCCGCAUCACAGGAUUGGUCAAGAAUUUGAAUCUUGCAAAAUACAAAUCCAUGGAGUGAGUGUACAGUCAGCUGCCGCAACGGUGGAGACUAUUAAAACUUAAUAUACCACUACUGACUAUAAGGACUUCCCCCUGAUCCAGCAGCAAAUGUAGUGAAUCUACACUGCAUCACUUUCAAGACUUGCAUAACGCUCCAUAGAAAAUAUUGCAAGCAACUUGGGAACUGGAAGUGUCUGCCAGCUAAUGGAAGGAAAAACUCAGAGCAAAUCUGCCUCUGUUUCAAGAUUGCCCAAGUUUGGUGGUGGAACUUCUAAAUUAAGUGAGACUCUUCCUCAACCUGUAUCAAAUGGAGUCUGUGUUCGCAGUGUCAGUGCUUCCAGCAGUUCAAAACUUGACACCAAGCAGAAUGGAACUGGUCGUAUGGGUGCCUUUUCUUUCAACUGGAAGAAGUCUGGUAAAACUAAAGCCAGUGGACAAGGAGCAAAAGACCCAGCUAGUUCCUUGUCUUAUACGGUUAUGAAUGAAGAGCCUGUUAAAGUUGAGAGAAACUUUUAUUCUAAAGUUCCUCUUGUUAAAGAUCACACAGACUUGGGCUUUAAGAGUAAAUCUAUUGCAGUAUCUAGCCAUCAAAAGAAGCAUCAAGUUGUACCUUGUGUAAAAGAAAAUAAAAUGCUUGUCACUAGCUUAAAUCAUUCCUCAAGAGGAAACCAUGGUAAAAUACUGGGAAAGCCAUUUGCAACAUCUCACAUCUCAAGGUCCCAGUCAUUUGGUCAUUUUCGUAAAACAGUUCUAAAGAUGUCUGAACAAGAAGAGAGUUUCUCUGCAUCAAGCAGUUCAAAGGGAAGUCUUAACCAAUCUACAGAAAGCUUGAAGAAUUUAUUGGAAGAGAACAUUGUUAGGUCACAGAGCUUUUCGUUUUCUACACGAAGUAACUCCUGUGGUUCUGAUGUAAUACCAAGAUCUUUGUCCUUUUCAAAGGCUGCAGAGAUUUCUAGACCUUGUCUGAAACAACAAAUGAGGUCAAGUCUUCCCUUGAAAUCAAAUGUUUAUCGCUAUGGCAGUACAAGGGGUACCGAUAGCUCAAGCACAGGUGAAUCACUUAGUAAAAGUGCUUCCAGCAGACCAUGCUUAAAAGCACCAUCAUCUGCCUUCAAAAAGUCUCAGCUUCCUACUUGCCCCACAUCUCCAUUUUAUACUGUUGCUUCUGCUUCCAAAAUGACACAAUCUUCAUUAAUUAAGUGUGGUAGGUUGACCACUUCAGGAAUAGCAAGCAGUGUAACUUCAGUAUCUGACACCAUAGAAGAAACUCAUGGAAUUCCAACUAUUGAUGAAAGUGGCUCAAAUAAUGUAAAUAUAGAUAUUGAAUGCACUGCUGAUAUCACGUUAAAAAAUAAUGCUCUUGGUGAGAAGGCUGAACUUGGAGUUGGUGAAGAACUUCAGUUAUCUUCUGCAAAAGAUAUUGAUGACCCAGAAGUAGUGAUCUCAUCAAUUUAUUCCAACUGUGAUAUAAAUAAUAGCGAACAGUUAACUAAUUCUGGUACUGAGUCCAUCGAAAUUGUGGAUAGUGAUAAUUCUAUUUCCACAGAAAUUCCUGAUGAUCUUUACAUUCCUAAUGAGGCCAUGUCUUCAGAAGGAAUAGAGGAAACACUGAUUUCAGCAUGUACAGGCACAGAAUGGAUGGAUACUGGAUUGUCUGACCAUUGCAAAGAUUUGGAGAGUUCCCAGACCACUGCCUCAGGUAAUGACCUUGUGUCUCCAGAUGUCAACUACGCAAUGGGCUCUUCCUUUGAACUUUCUCCUUCCAGUAGCUCAGCAGGAACAUACAUGUGGGAUGAAGAGGGCAUGGAGGGUCUUGGUACAGUCCAGCAGUGUGGUAGCCUUGAGUCUUCAGAGAUGAACAGCCUGGAUAUUCUGAACAACUUGGAGUCAGGUGAUCUGGAUGAAGAUGACCUCAUGUUAGAUGUUGAUCUGCCUGAGGAUGCUCCUUGUAAAAUGGAAGCAUGUGAAAGUAUGGCUCAUCUAGAGAGGUCAGAGAGAGGAAGCAGGAACCAAGGAUUCUGGCGGAAGAGAUAUCCACGCUGGGGUGGACAGGAUCACCAUGGGAACAAUGAAUUGCAAAGGAGUCCAGUUUCCCAGGAGCUUCCAGUGGGCCAUUUUGAUUGGCAUGCAGCUUCAAGUUACUAUCACCCUCCCACCAAUCAUGUGAGAUCCUCUCGGCCCAUGACAGAGAGCACCGUGAUGCUGGACGUUCUGACGCUGAGGCACAUGGUACAUGACUGCACAGCUGUUAAAACCCAGAUACUUAAAUUGAAGAGGUUACUGCAACAGAAUGGUGAUGGUUCCUCUGUAAAUGAUUUGAUAGCUGUAGUCUCACCAACACAAGAACAAGCUGAGGCUAUAAACUCUACGGAUAAGACUGAUGAGCUACUGGGAGAGAUCCAGGUUUUGCAAGAGGAAAUGAAAAGAAAAGAUCAGAUGAUAGAACAAUUACAGCAACAGUUGAGCACCAGAUGUCAUUGCCAGAAAGAAAACUCAGCCACAAAAAGACCAGCAUGUUCAAGUGCUGAUAAGACCACCCAAACAAUCAAUAAAGGAAUUUCUCCUCCAGUACUACAGCCUUCCAACUACACAUGCAGCUCCAAAGAUCGCAGCAUGGGAAAAUUAGUAAAACCAAUCCGUACCGAGGACCCCAGUAGGAAUCUGAAGUAUGGAUCAAAUGAAAACUGCUGUCAAACUAACCAAGAUGGAAAAACUGUUGUUUGCUUACAGUUGGGUUCUGAUAAAGGCUUCACUCAAUCGACCCAACAGACAAAUGAAGACUCUAAUGACAGAUCUGCCCAGAAACACCCAGUCACUAAUAAGGCCAAACAGCAUCCAGUUGCUCUGCCUAAGGAACAUGGGCGCAGUCAGGUUUCAGUGCAGCAGGUCAGUUUGCCCAGCUCUUCAGUAUUUACAGAAGAAACCCUGAAUAAAGACUAUCGUCCCAAGUUUGCUUUCAAACAGUGUCUACCUACUAAGGAUUUAAAUGUCAAACCCAAGAUCCAGACUUCAAUAGUGAAGUCUUCUCUAGUCUCUAAACCUAGAAAAAAUGCUGUUGCAAUGUCUGUAGACAGUCCAGUUCAACCAUCUAUAGAUAAUCAAAAGGAAUCAGAACAACAAUCAAUACCCACAAAUCUUUCUACACAGAAAGAUGAGCAACAAAAAAGAAAAUCCAAACCAUCACCUUCCCUAUCUUCACCACUUCUGAACAUUAAGACUUCAGCAUUUUCAGCCAGUCCUGGGUCACUUGACAAAGAGCCUCAACGCAUUGAGUCUCCCGAAUACCAAGAGGAAUCUUCUUCUGAGACCCUACUGUCCAGCAGGUUACAGAAAAAGCAGCUGCUCAGAGAAGAUUGUUCUGCAAAGGAUCAGGGUUAUGAGUUCCAGGCAGAAAAGCUUGCAUCGUAUGUUCGGCAUUCCCGCCUUCCUAAACCAAAGACGCAUGCAUCCAGUCCCUCAAAUUACAAUUUUCAAGGUUGAUUGAAGCCUCGUGUUAAACACUUACAUAAUUAAGCUGCCUGCCAGAUGAGAUUUCACCAAGUCUAGAACUGGCAACUGUUAACUUGGCCUAAUUAACUUCCCUCAAUCUAAAUGACAGCUCCUGCUAACCUGACUGAUGCAAUGGCAAAGACCAGCAUUUGCAGACUCUUGAGACAGUUUAUAUCUGCAAUGUGUGGCCUUUUGCUUUGGGACAAUACAGAUAACAAAUGUGGAAAUUUUGCCAGGGUGGGACAGGGCAUGAAAAUUAACUGUGGAGCAGUUUAUGAAUCUGUAAUGACCUGGACAUGAGUCACUAAGUUGUAAACAUUGAUAGAGGCAUGAAGAGCAGGAUUUAUUUGAAACAAAAACUGUAAUAGUACAUUGUUGUCUCAUUUUUCAGUUAAUCUGAUUGAACAUGUUAUGAUUGAAAGAAAGUAAGAAAAGGCAGCUUACUGGGAAAGUGAUAAUUCUAAUCUUAGCUGACCAGUCUGCGUUCAAUAUUUUUGUUUGUUUAGAACAAUUAGAUUAAAAUAUAUUUAAGUUAAAAUUCUGGAGGGAUAGAUUUCUAAUAUAAGUAAUAAAAACAAAAGAUCUGCAUUAAAUUGCCUGGAAUGGGAAUCAUACUUACCGGACCUUUACCAGAAAGAAUGGGCAUCAUGUUUAAUAUACCUGUAAAUCUUUCAGAAGACACUUGCUUCAGCUUGUCUAAACCUCUAAAGGCAACCAGAAGAGAGAGUACCAUUCUUUUCAAUUCAUCUGAUGCUGGGCAAGAUGCAAUAUGAAGGCCACUUUGUGGAAAGAGGUUGUUGUGUUCCUUUACAUGUAUUACACAUGCACAGUUUUCAGUGUGUCUGUUUCUGUACAUUAGCCAUAUCAACAGAUAUACUACCUACAUGGAUGUUAUCUGUAUCAUAACAGAUAUACUACCUACAUGCCAAAUACUGUAUAUAAAAAAACUGUGCAUGAAUCACAGUCAUGACCUUUCAUCCCAAAGGGUGUGGGUUUAAAUUCAUGCCAAACUCAUGGGCUAUUCUCUUUUCUUUGUGGGUUUAACUGAUCUUCAUUGAAACUUUUAAGCAGUCUUGUAACCUAGCUCCCAAUAGAACAGUCCACAGAACAGAGCUCUCCAGUAAUUUGACAGCCUCCCUUGGAGAAGCUACAGAGACAGAUGGUGUGGGAAUUUCAAGAUCCUUGGUGCAUUUUUGAAGUCACUGAUGUACUGGGCAAACAACAUCUGACUUUGGGACUGUGUUCCUGUACCACGAUCUUGGCAUGCUUCAUUCUGGGCACAACUUUCACCUCUGAUGUAGGCAUGUUGCAUUAGUAGGGAAGCACUUAACUCAAACUGCCAAAAGAUACAACCAUGAUUUCAGGAAGAGCUGAGAUUGUUGUCAGUUGUUGAGUUUAAGUUGAUGCUCUGACUGCGCCCUGAGGUGGCAACUGGUCAUCAAUUCUCAACAGGAGUUGAGCACGUCAUUUCCAGAUUGUGUGCAUGCGGUUACUACCUACGUCACAAAGUGUCAUAUCAGCCAUGCUGUCAGAAAUAAGAUGAAAUCUGUAACCUCAGCCUCAAAUAGUAAACCAAUUUUUAAAUAACAUUGGCAGUGCAGACAUAGAAAGGCAGAAUCUGAAUUCCCUUUAGGCUAUGCUUUAGUUGUCAAAUCUUUUUGACAUUUUGGUCUGUGUAAAUGGAGGUAAGCUACACCUAUUAUUGUAACUUGGUCACUGUAUUUUGCUGUCUAGUUUGCCACUGAAAAUUGGUGCCAGGAAAAACCUGCUAACCUAUCGCACCCCAAUAUGUUUGCUAUUGAGGCUGACUCAUUGAAACAAUACCUGACAUUGAAUUUAGAAAAUUCUUUCCUGCCCCACCCCACAUUUUGGUAUGUGUAAAUAUUUUGCUGGUUUGGACUGCAUUUUGCAACUUUUUUUAAAUCAUUUUUCAAAACAGGACAGAAGAGACUAUUUGGCCCAUUGAGUCCAUGUCAUCUCUCAGAGCACACCCAUCUGUCCCACUCUCCUGCUUAUCUCCCUGCAACCUAUUCUCUCUCACAUGCCCAUCAACUUUCCCAUGAUUCUGCUGCCAUGUAAUGUACAGUGGCCAGUUAACCUACCAGCGUAUCUUCAAGAAGUGGCACAGAGCACAGCCCUUGUGACACAUAAUGUGCAAACUCUGCUUAGACAGCAUUGUGUUCACUUUUGUUUAUAACAGAGUAUUUCAAGGUACAGACUAAAAGAUUAAUAUCUGAAUUUAAAGUCAGAAAUUUCAUUGUAGAAAAGGUCUAUUCAGUCCAUAUCAGUGUGAGCUGCACAUUACAGCUAUCUCCCUGAUCUCACUUCUCCACACCUUUCAACAUUUAUCAUAGAUGCCAGGGACUGCUCCUAUAAGCUGAGUGCUUAUCUAAAGGAAUGACGUGUGUAAAGUAAAACUGGGAGGUACAGUGAAAGAGAUCAUGUUAAAAUGUCAUCAUUUGUCACAUGGGACUACACAAAGGUUCUAGGUCUAUGUAAGCAGCAGUGGUAAGUAUAUAUGGUGUCAAUUCUAAAUUGUUACAUUCCUGAGUUUGUAUUUAAAUGAUUCAAUGUCCUAUGACAUUUGACACAGGGAGCUGAGAACAGGGCUAAUUAGACCAGGGUGCAUUGUCAUAAACUUGGUCCUUUUGAAAUUCAUAUAUUCAGUUCUUAAUAUUGUAUUUCCAUUAUAAACAUUAUCCAUAUUUAUAGUGGAAACUACCUGUGUAAAUUUGUCACACUAUAAUCACUCCUCCUGUUUCUGAUAGUAUUGCAGUAACCUCAGAUAUUUAAUACAUCAUAGAUGCAAGUACAUUCAUAGCAUAUACUGUACAUGUAUAUCAUUACAGGUGUUCAUGAGUAUUGCCCAGGUCCUUGCGGAUUUAUAAGUUGCUAAAUAUAUUCAAUUCUGUAUCAAACAAGCUGCUGUGUCCAAGUGCAAUAUAUGCUGUUGUAAUGAUGAAAUGAGGUUCAGAGAGUACACUUAAUGUAUAUGCAAAGUUAAUUAUUGACUAAAUCUUUGGAGCUGCAUAAUAGAUGAAAUGAAUAAGGAGAUGCACUUUAAAUGAUUCUACGUGUCAUACAGUCAUGCCUAUGCUGAACACGUGGCACCAAGUCUGAAGUGGGAUUUAUCAGUUUGCUGCAAUCGUUCUUGGAAAUGCUUGUUGCUUUAGGUGGUAAGUGCUGUUUUCAUUGUGUGUUAGUGUGGUGCCUCACUGUAAUAAUAAUAACUCCCAGCAGGUGGCUCCUGUUUUAGUCAGGAACCUGGCAAUAUUUAGUUCGUCCACUGUGUUGCACAUUUUGACUUAUUCAGUUUUCUCCAGAACUGAAACUGAAAUCCAGGUCUAACCUUGGGCUGGGGACAUGAAUAAAAAAGUUGUACCCGUCUACUGGCAUUGGUCUUAAUUUGUGUGAAUGCUUAACAUAAGACAAACCCAAGUCACCUUAAACUCCAUGUCAAAGCCAUGAUUUAAAACCAACUCAGCAUUUGUUGAUCUGUCAAAAUGUCUAAGCCUCAGGGAAACAAUUUUGUUUGCUGUUUGUAGCAAAGCUAUUAGAUAAAGCCUUCUAUUAUAUUUGCUACAAAUAAUGAACAGUCAUUCCCUAAGUGAAGAGAAGCAGUUUCUUUCUGUGCAUUUGCUGUCUGACCUGGUGAGGAUUUUCAGCAUUUUAUGCUUUCAUUUUAUCAUUCCCUAUAUUUUGCUAUCAAAACUUGGCUCAUUAGAGAAACAUCCCAAAAUGACUGCUUUCCCGACACCAAAGGUGCCAAGGCAAUGCUCCCCUUCCAAAGUGCAGCACUUUGAAGUGUUAUUGUGUCUGCUUAUUCAGGUGUCCAGGGCAAAAUUCCUCCACCAAAGAAAAGCUUGUGCGUCUCAUCGUGAAAUUUUGCUGGGCACAUAUCUUCAAAGACUCUGCUAAGUACCUUGAAGUGUUUUCUAGGAGGCAUCGUAAAGUGUCAUGUAAAUGCAAGUUUUCCUUUAACAACACAGUUAAACAUCCAAAUGGGAGCUGUAAACACUGCAUUUUUUAAAAACAAGUGUUCCUUAAUUGUAUUAUGAAGAUUACUUGAUUCAGUGAAAUACACUACAUGGAUGAUGGAAUGAUUUAGAUUUCUGAAUGUAUUCAAAUUGAAUUCAUUAUGAAAUUGAAAGAGAUGGCAACAGCAGCAUGGAGAUGUGAUCCUCUCUAUUUGGA